GAUAGAUGGACAAAGAUGUUGUCGCACGCGGAAUUCAGAGAAAUUCUUAUGAAAUUUUUUACCGUCACUACGGAAAUGGUACUUGUGUUACAAAUAACACCUGCUGGUCUAUUAGUACCACAUCUCGGUAUAACGCCUUCCAAAAGGAAACUGACGUAUUUUAUGAAAAAGAAACCGGAAACGAUUACCGAGGAUAAUUACAAAGACGUGUUGAUACCUGGCGACAUGGCACCGAAUCCUAUCGAGGAAUUAGCCGUGCUCGUCGAAGAUGCAUAUGUACCUAUUUUAUCCAAUCCAAAAAAUCACGUUGGCUGGCCGGAAGUCGUGCGGAAAGAUGUUAAGAAACAAGUGUACGAUCUACGAAGUUUAAUAUGGCAGGUAAAAGGAAAAAUAACGGGACAAACUUUACUACCGAUGCCUAUGGGUAUGGAAGAAAUUUUAAACGCGAAAUUAAAUAAUAAGAGUACCUCUCAACUUCAAUUAAAAAGCAAUAUCGAGGAAAUCGUAAUAAAAUGGGCGUCUCAGAUUAACGAGAUCCUUAAUGAGGAAUUCAAGAGGAAUGGAAAACAAGCCAUAUCUGAAUUGGAUUAUUGGAACAUGAGAUUGAAAAAUAUGGAAUCUCUCUAUUAUCAGUUGAAAGAUUCGAAAGUAAUGCAAUUAGAUACGUUCUUAGAACAAUUGGAGAGCCCUUAUUCUGAGUACUUUAAGAAUUUAGUAAAGAACGUGGCUGCAGCAUUACUUGAAACUAGAGAUAUUAAUCUUUACUUGAAACCAUUGGAAGUCUAUUUCACCGAAAUAGAAGCCAUGGAUUUCAAAGACGUAAUGCCGAAAUUAAAAAUAUUGCUACACUGCGUUUGUUUGAUGUGGUCCAACUCAAAAUAUUACACCAUGGAACGAAUCAUCGCUCUUUUACAAGAGAUUUCAGAUCUGUUAAUUUCUCAGGCAGUGAAAUAUAUAAAUCCAUCAACACUGUUCGAAGGCGACAUCGAAGAAAAUAAAGUGAAGAUAUCUGAGGUGAUGCCGUACCUCAGUAUCUAUCAAGACACUUUCCGAAUGUUCAAAGAAAGAUUAGAUUCUUAUUUCAAGUCACAGGACACAAGUCCUUGGACGUUUCAUGAGAAGUUGGUCUUCGAGAGGAUCCUCAUGUUCGAGAAGAGAUUAAAAGAAAUCGAGGCGUUAUUCGACACAGUACAAGACUAUAUGAAACUAGAAAGGAUAGAGAUGUCUGGUUUAAAGGCCAAAUCGUUGCUUGCUAUGACUAAUGAUAUCUAUGACGAAUUUCUUAGACUCUAUCAUGAAUUUGGAGACGUGCCUUAUGAAGUAUUAAAGCCUGAAGAGACACAAUUCACCGAGGACUUGAAUGAAUUUUUUAGCAAAAUAGAACAGUUUGACCGACGAUUAGCAAGCAUUUUUGACCAAGUGUUUGCCGAGUGCCAUAACAUAGAGGCGUCCUUCAAGUUUAUUUGGAUGAUUGGCGUAAUUGGCAACAGACCUAUAAUCAUGGCGCAAUUAUGGCACAAUUACAAAGAAGUAAUUGACAAAACAAACGUGGCUUUUGAUAACGUGAAGCAAUUAUUCGAUGAAAAUUUCUCAGGCGAAGGAGGCAAGAUGCGUUUGCCACUGGAUGCGUAUAUGCCUCCAGUGGCUGCGUCUUUAUCCUUCUUAGCGAAGUUGCGAGACAGAACUCGUUUCCCAAUUCGCUGCAUGAAAUUAAUCGAUCAUCCUCUAAUUAACGCCACACUAGACAAUGAGCUCAAAAACAAAUACGAAGAAUUGGAGAGGAUUAUCUACGAGAAAGAGAGGGAAAUAUACACUGCUUGGGAAGAGAAGUUGCCUGAAAUUUGGGAGACGCAUUUAUCGAAAACUCUUCUGAUCGUUCACGACAACAAAUUGCUAGAGCUGAAUUUUCAUUCGGACUUAAGGACCGCUUUGCGAGAGAUUCGUUACAUGAUAAUCAUGAAGAUGCCCGACCUUCCUGAGGAAGCUAUGGAAUUUUACAACAGAUCGCAGUUCUUUUUCAACAGCACUUACAAUCUCAAUUUGAUAGUAAACUGGUAUAACAGAAUUCGAAAUGAAAGCGUACCGGUGGAAUUUCAGUUGGUAGAGGAAGAAGUUGAAAACAUCGAAAAUCUAAUUAAUCACGGCCAAGAGAACUAUAAUUGGAAUUCGGAAGAGGUUCCGGAAUACAUCGAGAGCCUGUUGCUACUUACUUGGAAAUUGCAUACCAGAGUCUUUCGGGCGCAGGAGAAUCUGAAGAAUAUUUUGGACAAGAUGUACACGUGGGCUAUGAUGCCGGUCCUUUAUCGUAAAGACGCGAGGGACGAGAAUUUACUGUCACUGGCUGAUAAGGAUGACAAGUUCGCGGAAAGAUACGCGGAAAUCGAAGCGACGGCCGAGGAACUAAAAAAAAUAUUGAAAGAAAAUUAUAAACUGUUUUUCGACUUGCUACCUGAGAGCGCUUACGAAAGAGACGACGCUGAAUUGUUAGAAGACCAGACUGAAGAAAAGAAAGAAGAAGGAGAAGAGGGAGCAGUACCCGAGGAAGGAACCGAGACUGCAUCUGUGAGAUUAGAUGAACAGACAGAUGGAGAUGAAGAAGGGGGAGAAGGUGAAGCAGAAGAGGAGGUAGAAGAGGAAGAAGAAAUCGACGAAGAAACCGCAGCGAUGAGGAAAGAGAAAUGGCAACCUUAUCUAUCUUAUGUAGACAACUUGAUUUCCAAGGGCUUUAUCCAAGCAGUCUCCACGAGUAUUUGCUAUAUUCUCGAUGAAACUGAUCCCGAAGGCGAUCUACUUCCUUCGUUCGAGAUCCAAAUAUGUUUAGAGAAUCCAAGUAUAGUCUUCCGACCAUCGGUGGAUGUGAACGAUCCGGAAGGUUUCUAUAAAAAUUUUGAGACACUUCUACUCGACAUGAUGAAAAUGGCAACUCUUAUCCCACGUGUCGACGCUGAAACGCACGAGGAUCAAGAAGAUUAUUCGACUGACGUUGCCGAGGAGGAGGGUAUCGUAUUUAUGUUGGAAGAAACCUGCAACCGAGUAAAACUCGCAUUAGUGGAAGUAAAGGAACACGCUCAGACGUAUGAGAAAUAUUCAUGGCUGUGGUUAGACGACCGACAAGAAUAUUUGCAAUAUUUCUUAGAAUUCUCAAAGUACGUGAGACCGGAAGACAGAGAGAUGAUCGACCUAGGCCACAUUCCGGAGGAUUUGAAAGAGAAGAAACCGGAGCUCGAGGACUUUAAAAAGGAAAUCGAUUUCUUUUUGGAUCUGUACAAUGAAUGCGAUAAAAUGAAGAACGAAGAGGUUUUUUGUCGGUGGUUGAGACUCGACGUAAAACCUUUUAAGCAGAGCUUGCUGAACACAAUCUGCAAGUGGUCGAACGUGCUAAAGGAUCACUUGGUCAACCGCAUUACUACCCAAUUGCAGGAAUUGGAGAACUUUUUAAAUGCGGCUAUGGACAAUUUCUCUAAGCCCAUUCAGGAGGACGAUUACGAGGGGCUUUUGGAAACGAUAUAUUACUUGAAAGAAGUCAGAGAUCGCCAAUUCGAAAUCGAAGACAUGUUUGAUCCAAUUAAAAAAACGAUAGAGCUUCUGCAGAAUUACGACGUAGUUUUGGAAGAUAAAAUAUUUGAGUGGUUACAAGAGUUGCCGGUUAGUUGGGAAACAUUGAAGAAAGUAGCUGCCCAAGUGAAACAAGUCGUUCAACCUUUAAUGACUCGACAAAUCGAGCUCUUAAAGAAGAGGCUGAGCUAUUAUGAUUUUAAGCAGCAGACGUUUUUGAAAGAGUUCCACGAGAGUCCGGUUUUCGAUCCAGAAAGCAAGGAUCCGUACGAGAAAUUAAAUAACAUACACGAAGAGGUCUUAAAGUUUCUAAGCGAGGAGAAGGAUUUGCAUGCUCAGACCGUGAUAUUCGAGCAAGAGAUGCCCCAGUUCAAAGUGAUCAAACAGAUACAGAAAGAGAUGCAACUUUUGAAAACUGUCUGGGAUUAUGUACACGUGAUUGAAACUUCUUUGAAUGAAUGGAAAAAGACCACGUGGAAGAAGCUCGACAUUGAAUGGAUGGAUCAGGAGUGCAAGAAGCUUCUUAGAGAAUUAAGGCUCGUGGACAAAGACGUGCGUCCUUGGGAAUUGUACGGUAAUGUGGAGGCCCAAGUGCGAAACAUGAUGGCAUCAUUGAGAGCGGUCUCGGAGUUGCAAAAUCCAGCAAUUAGGGAUAGACAUUGGAGAGAAUUAAUGGCCGAGACUAAGGUAGCAUUUAGUAUGACCGAUAAUACUACCUUGGAGGAUUUGCUGAAACUCCAAUUGCACAAAUACGAAGAGGAGGUGAAAAAUAUUGUUGCGAAAGCAGUAAAGGAAAUGGCGAUGGAAAAAAUAUUAAAAGAAUUGCAUGACACGUGGAGUACGCUCGAAUUUGGUAAAGAAUUGCACGAACGCACAAAACUGUACGUCCUGAAAAUCGACGAGGAGACCGUUGAAACUCUGGAGGACAAUCAAGUGCAACUGCAAACUAUGUUGGGCUCGAAAUUCGUCGGCUACUUUCUCGACGAAAUUCUCGAUUGGCAGAAAAAACUGAGCACCGCAGAUUCGGUGAUUAAUGCCUGGUUCGAAGUUCAACGAGCGUGGAUGAAUCUCGAAAGUAUUUUCAUUGCCUCUGAAGAUAUAAGAAGCCAACUUCCCGAAGAGUCAAAACGUUUUGAAAAAAUCGACAGAGAGUUUAAAGAAUUGUUAAAAGAGAUGACGAGCAAUUUGAAUAUCAUCAAAGCUACCAAUCGACCCAAGAUCUUGGAGAAACUGGAAGAGUUGCUGAUACAGCUAAAUGUUUGCGAGAAAGCAUUAGCUGAUUACUUGGAAACGAAAAGAUUGAUUUACCCCAGAUUUUACUUCAUCUCCGCAGCAGAUUUGCUCGACAUAUUAAGCCACGGAAACAAUCCCGAACUGGUUUGCAAACAUUUGUCGAAACUGUACGACUCUAUCGCGACAUUGGAAUGGAAAAUGGACGGUGGGAAGGCGACGAAGCAAGCUAUUGUCAUGAUUGCCAAGGACGGCGAACUGAUGGCUAUUCACGGAAGUUGUGAUUGCAGCGGAAAAGUAGAAGUUUGGUUGAACCAUGUGACAGACGCGAUGAAGAGGUCGGUCAGAUAUCACAUAUCUCAAGCGGUAGCUACGUACGAAGAAAAACCGCGUGAACAAUGGAUCUUCGAUCACUGCGCUCAGCCUGCUUUAUGCGGAACUCAGAUCUGGUGGACUACCGAGGUGAACAUGGCCUUCUUGAGGCUCGAAGAGGGUUUUGAGAAUGCCUUUAAAGACUACCAGAGGAAGCAGAUCAAUCAACUCAACGCGUUGAUAAUGAUUCUCUGCGGGGAGCUAAGUGAGAGUGACAGGAGGAAAAUUAUGACAAUUUGCACUAUAGACGUACACGCCAGAGACGUUGUGGCCAAAAUGAUUUCCAUGAAAGCAGAGUCUUCUUCUAGCUUUCAAUGGCAAUCGCAGCUCAGGCAUAGAUGGGACGACAAAGUUGGAGACUGCUACGCUGAUAUUUGUGACGCGUAUUUUAAGUACGAUUACGAGUACCUGGGGAAUGUUCCGAGACUGGUGAUAACGCCGUUAACAGACAGAUGUUACAUCACUUUGACGCAAUCGUUACAUCUCAUAAUGGGCGGAGCACCUGCUGGACCAGCCGGGACUGGUAAAACGGAAACUACCAAAGAUUUGGGAAGAGCGCUUGGCCAAAUGGUUUACGUGUUCAAUUGCUCCGAACAAAUGGACUACAAGUCUUGUGGAAACAUUUACAAAGGCCUGGCUCAAGUGGGGGCGUGGGGUUGUUUCGACGAAUUCAACCGAAUAUCCGUGGAGGUGCUUUCGGUAGUCGCCGUACAAGUAAAAUCGGUUUUGGACGGAAUAAAGGCCCAUAAACCAACCUUUCAAUUUUUUGGAGAGGAACUUAAUCUCGUGCCUACUGUUGGAAUGUUUAUCACCAUGAACCCCGGCUACGCCGGCAGGACCGAGUUGCCGGAGAAUCUGAAAACCUUGUUCAGGCCUUGCGCCAUGGUAGUUCCGGACUUCGAUUUAAUUUGCGAAAUAAUGCUGGUGGCAGAAGGGUUCCAAGAAGCCAGGCUCUUGGCAAGAAAAUUUAUAACUCUCUACCAACUCUGUCGGGAACUUCUAUCGAAGCAGGACCAUUACGAUUGGGGUCUGCGAGCUAUUAAAUCGGUCUUAGUGGUCGCCGGUAAACUAAAGAGGGACGAUCCUCACAGGGACGAGGAUCAGGUAUUAAUGAGGGCACUUAGAGACUUUAACAUCCCGAAAAUUGUUACGGACGACGUACCCGUCUUCAUGGGGCUUAUUGGCGAUUUGUUCCCUGCUUUGGACGUGCCGCGAAAAAGGGAUUUGGACUUCGAGCAAGUGGUCCGACAAUCUACUUUAGAUUUAAAAUUACAAGCUGAGGACGGUUUUAUAUUAAAAGUCGUACAAUUAGAAGAAUUACUUUUCGUGCGUCAUUCGGUUUUUAUCGUCGGCCUCGCCGGAACUGGGAAAACCGAAGUGUGGAAAACACUUAAUCGAACUUACUUCAAUCAGCAAUUAAAACCGCAUUAUAACGACUUGAAUCCGAAAGCAGUGACUAACGACGAACUGUUUGGAAUUAUUAAUCCAGCCACGAGAGAAUGGAAAGACGGAUUGUUUUCCGUAAUAAUGAGAGAUCAAGCGAACAUGACGGACAACGAUCCGAAAUGGAUCAUUUUCGACGGUGACAUAGAUCCCAUGUGGAUCGAAUCGUUGAAUACCGUUAUGGAUGACAACAAAGUGUUGACUCUGGCUAGUAACGAAAGAAUCGCUUUGACUGAUUCGAUGAGGCUUCUCUUUGAGAUUUCAAAUCUUAGGACGGCGACACCGGCUACCGUUUCCAGAGCUGGGAUACUUUACAUAAAUCCACAAGACAUUGGAUGGUAUCCGUUUGCAAUCAGUUGGAUAGAGACGAGAGAUCCGCCCGAGAGAGCGAAUUUAACCAUUUUAUUCGACAAGUACGUCCCAACGCUCGUAGAGGUAAUGAAGAACAAAUUUAAGAAGAUCACCCCGAUACCAGACAUCUGCCACGUCGAGAUGCUUUGCGUAUUGUUGGACUAUUUUCUGACCAAAGACAACUGUCCAUCAGACGGUCCAAAAGAAUGGAUCGAAAUGUACUUUGCAUUUGCUUGUAUCUGGGCGUUCGGAUCGGCAACUUUCCAAGACCAGUUGAUCGACUGGCGAAACGAGUUCAACAAAUGGUGGCAAAAUGAAUUUAAAACUAUCAAGUUCCCAGUCGGCAGCAACGUCUUCAAUUACUUUAUCGAAGACGACACAAAGAAGCUAAUUCCCUGGUCCGAGAAAAUGAAACCUUUUGAACUGGACGCUGACAUACCACUACAGUCUACUCUAGUGUCGACUGGCGAAACCGCGCGUAUGCACUUCUUCUUGGACGUUUUCGUAGAAGAAUGCGUGCCGGUCAUGUUGAUAGGUGCUGCGGGAUCGGGAAAAAGCGUCAUCAUGGCUGAGAAAUUAGGAUCCCUUCCAGAUGCUUACAACAUCGCAAAUGUACCUCUCAAUUAUUACACCACUUCUGACAUGUUGCAAAGAAUAUUGGAAAAGCAUUUGGAGAAAAAGACUGGUAAAAAUUACGGACCACCCGGAAUGAAAAAGUUGAUUUACUUUAUUGACGAUAUGAACAUGCCGGAAGUCGACACUUACGGAACUGUGCAACCUCACACGCUUAUCAGACAACAUAUUGAUUACAACCAUUGGUACGACAAGACUAAAUUAACGUUGAAAGAAAUUCACAACACGCAAUACGUGUCUUGCAUGAAUCCGACGGCAGGGAGUUUCACGAUUGAUCCUCGCUUACAAAGGCAUUUCGCUGUCUUCGCAGUCAGUUUCCCGACUAUGGAAAAUUUAGUCACGAUUUACAGCCAAAUGCUGGAUCAACAUUUGAUAAAUCCUUUCAACAAAUUUCAUCCAGCACUUACGAAGGUUUCCGAAUCUCUAUUAGCAGCUGCCUUGUUCUGCCAUGAGAAAGUCGCAGCGACAUUUUUGCCUACAGCAAUCAGAUUUCACUACGUAUUUAAUCUACGCGAUCUCUCAAACAUUUUUCAAGGGUUCCUGUUUACGACUGGCGAUACUAUUCCGACAAUGAAUCACUUGAUUCGAGUAUUUGUUCACGAAGCAACCAGGGUGUAUUCGGAUAAAUUAAUCAAUAUGGAAGACAAAAUAUCUUUUACACACAUACUAAAAGAGGCUCUUCGUAAAAAUAUUCCUGAAUUUGAUGAGAAUAUCGUGUUUGCUGAACCACUAAUAUACUGUCACUUCGCCGAAGGACUCGGGGACCCAAAGUACAUGCCAAUCAAGGAUUGGCCGCAACUCACCAAGUUGUUGGAAGAAGCUUUGGUCAAUUAUAAUGAACUGGUUUCAGCGAUGAAUUUGGUUUUAUUUGAGGAUGCAAUGAAUCAGGUUUGUCAGAUAAGUCGUAUAUUAGAGUCACCGAGAGGAAACGCGUUGCUAGUGGGUGUCGGCGGAAGCGGCAAACAGUCUCUCUCCAGUCUCGCUUCUUUUAUCUCCGGCUUAGAGGUUUUCCAGAUGCAAUUACGAACAGGAUAUUCGCUAGUUGAUUUAAGAACCGACCUAGCAGGUCUGUACUUGAAAUCGGGAUUGAAAGGAAUUGGAAUUACUUUCCUCAUGACUGACUCUCACGUCGCCGAUGAAAGGUUUCUGGUUCUUAUAAACGACAUGCUCGCUUUCGGUGAAAUUUCCGAAUUAUUUGCCGACGACGAAAUUGAUAAUAUUGUGAACAGUGUGCGAAACGAGGUCAAACAAACUGGCAUGAUGGAUACCAAAGAAAAUUGUUGGAAGUUUUUCAUAGACCGGGUACGAAAUCGAUUGAAAUGCAUCCUCUGUUUCUCUCCCGUUGGAGCGACAUUAAGAAACAGAGCUAGGCAAUUCCCUGCAAUUGUGAAUAACACGUCGAUCAAUUGGUUCCAAGGUUGGCCGGAAGACGCCCUGAAAUCUGUUUCCGCCAGAUUUUUGGAAGAAUUGGAGGAACUCCCUUACGAAUACAAGAAAUCAGCUUCCUUGUUUAUGUCAUUCGCGCAUACAAGCGUCAACGAAAUCUCGCUGCUUUACUUGCAAAACGAAAAAAGAUACAAUUAUACAACACCAAAAUCGUUUUUGGAACAAAUUGCGUUGUACUCGAAACUGUUGUUGGAGAAAACUUACGACGUCAAGGCGAUGAUUGAGAGAUUGAAGAAUGGUCUAGAGAAGCUCGAGUCUUGCGCUGCCCAAGUAAGCGACUUGAGAAUAGUAUUAGCAGCGCAAGAGAUCGAGCUGAAGAAGAAGAAUGAAAUCGCGGACAAAAUUCUGGCCGAGGUUCGCGCGGAAAAUACUAAAGCAGAGGCAGAGAAAACCAUUGUGUCUGAAGAAGAGGCCAAGGUAGCGGAAAUGAAGGAAAUAAUAGCAGAGAAGCAAAAGAAGUGCGACGAGGAUUUGGCAAAAGCAGAACCCGCUGUUCGUCAAGCUGAAGCUGCCCUCGAUACAUUAAAUAAAAGUAAUCUAACAGAGUUAAAGUCUUUCGGAACACCGCCGGAGCAAGUGACGAUGGUAGCAGAAGCCGUUUUGGUCCUGUUUUCUCCGAGGGGUCAGAUACCGAAAGAUAGAAGUUGGAAAGCGUGCAAAGCUAUGAUGGGUCACGUCGACAAUUUCCUAACGCAACUACGGACUUACGACAAAGAAAACAUUCACCCUAAAAUAGUUGACACUAUUCAACCUUACAUCAACAAUAAAGAUUUCGAGCCGGAGAUUAUUUACUCAAAGUCGCAAGCAGCAGCGGGUCUUUGCAGUUGGGUAAGAAAUAUAAUGGUUUUCCAUUAUAUUAACGAAACCGUAAAACCGCUGAGAGCUGCUCUCGCGCAAGCUAACGCCGAUCUAAAAGCCGCUAUGGAUCACUUGCACGCCUUGAGAGCGCGGCUAGCCGAGCUGCAAAAAGUGCUCGACGUCCUGGGAGAAAAGAUGAACGCAGCUUUAGCUGAGAAACAGAAAUGUCAGGACGAAGCUGACGCUACUGCUUUAACGAUCGAUCUCGCGAAUAGAUUAGUAAAUGGUUUGGCGUCCGAAAAAAUUCGCUGGACUGAAGAGGUCGGACAAUUGACGGAUUCGUGCGUAACGAUACCAGGCGACAUUCUGCUGGUAACAGCAUUUUUAUCGUACAUGGGUUGCUUCACCAGGAGAUAUAGAUCAGACUUGAUGUUCGAAAAUUGGUUACCGUUUCUGGAAAACUUGGAAGAGAAAAUACCAAGAACUGAAGGUCUCGACGUUCUAUCAUUUUUAACCGAUGAUGCACAAAUUGCACAAUGGAACAAUGAAGGUUUGCCGUCUGAUACCAUGUCUUCUGAGAACGCGACGAUUUUAAUGAACUCGUCGAGAUGGCCCCUGAUGAUCGAUCCACAGUUGCAAGGAAUAAAAUGGAUAAAGAAUCGAUAUGGCGAAGGUUUGCAAGUGCUUCGACUGACUCAACCGAAUUAUCUAAAUCUGAUCGAAAUCGCUAUCGCGGACGGAGGGAUUGUCCUGAUUGAGAAUAUCAUGGAAACCAUCGAUCCCGUCUUAGAUCCAGUUAUUAAGAGGGAUUUGAUAAAAAAGGGAAAGGCGAUCAAAAUCUGGGAUAGAGAAGUGGAUUACGAUCCUCGUUUCCGAUUGAUUCUACAAACGAAGCUGGCCAAUCCUCAUUACAAACCGGAAAUACAAGCACAAACAACGCUUAUCAAUUUCACUGUAACUAAAGACGGUUUGGAGGAACAGCUUUUAGGGGACGUUGUGAAAGCCGAAAGGCCUGAUUUAGAGUCGAAGAAAGCUGAAUUAACAACCCAGCAAAACACCUUCAAAAUCACGCUGAAGAUGUUGGAAGACGAUCUUUUACAUAGAUUGUCGACUGCUGGACCGAACAUAUUGAGCGACGUCGAUCUCGUGAUAAAUCUCGAGACGACGAAGAAGACGGCUGCGGAGAUAGAAAUAAAAGUGGCGGAAGCUAAAGUGACCGCUGUGAAAAUCGACGAGGCGCGAGAAAUUUACCGGCCCGUCGCGGGCAGAGCCAGUCUCUUGUACUUUGUUCUGAACGAUUUAAGAAAGAUAAACAUGCUGUAUCAAUUUUCCCUGAAAGCGUUCAGCGUCGUCUUCCUGAACGCCAUUCGAUUCGCGGAACCGGAGGAGAAUUUAAUAAAACGCGUGGCUCUUUUAAUCGACAGUAUCACUUAUCUAGUUUUCAUCUACACUAGUAGAGGAUUAUUCGAGGCAGAUAAAUUGACUUUCCUCUGCCAAAUGACGAUACAAAUUUUUAUGGAAUCAAAAGAGAUAACGCAAUCGGAACUGGAUUUUCUAUUGAAAUUCCCGUACAUACACGACUUGACUAGUCCCGUAGACUUUUUGACAAACGUCGGUUGGGGUGGAAUCAAAUAUCUAUGCCAAAUCCCCGACUUCCAAAAUCUAGAGAAAGAUAUAGAGGGUGCCGCGAAGAGGUGGAAAAAAUUCGUCGAAUCGGAAACACCGGAACGGGAAAGUUUCCCACAGGACUGGAAGAAUAAAACUGCUCUCCAAAGACUGUGCAUCAUGAGAUGCCUUAGAUUGGAUCGCAUGACUUACGCGAUCAGAUGUUUCGUAGAAGAGAAACUAGGUUCGAAAUUUGUAGAAUCUAGAUCUCCCUCUUUCCGCAAGUCCUUUGAAGAAACAAGUUCACGAACUCCUGUAUUUUUCAUUCUAUCCCCCGGUGUCGACCCUUUGAAAGAUGUCGAAAAACUGGGAGAGAAAUUGGGUUUUACGUCUGAAUUGAGGAACUUCCAUAACGUUUCACUGGGUCAAGGACAGGAACCCGUGGCCGAACAAGCUGUGCAAGUAUCAGCGGACGAAGGUCACUGGGUAAUUUUGCAAAACGUCCACUUGGUGAAAAAAUGGUUGCCCACAUUGGAGAAAAAAAUGGAGCAGUGCGCGGAGCAGCCGCACGAUGAUUAUCGAUUAUUCAUCAGCGCGGAACCCAGUCCGGAUCCGCACGAAACUCUCAUUCCUCAGGGUAUAUUGGAGUCGGCAAUAAAAAUCACAAACGAGCCACCGUCUGGAAUUCUAGCGAAUAUUCACAAGGCGUUAGAUAACUUUACUCAAGAAACUCUCGAAUCGUGCAGCAAGGAAACAGAAUUCAAAGCCAUAUUAUUCGCGCUCUGCUACUUCCACGCUGUAAUCGCACAGCGUGUGAAAUUCGGAGCGCAAGGUUGGAACAGGUCUUAUCCAUUCAACUUCGGCGAUCUAACGAUCAGCGUGUCCGUAUUAUUCAAUUACUUGGAAAACAGCAUGAAAGUACCUUGGGAAGAUCUCCGUUAUUUGUUUGGGGAAAUAAUGUACGGCGGUCAUAUAACUGAUGACUGGGACAGAAGACUGUGCAGAACGUAUUUAACAGAAUAUUUAAAACCAGAAUUAGUCGAAGGUGAAUUGUACCUCGCACCAGACUUUCUGGUGCCACCAAACAGCGAUUACGCUGCGUAUCAUCAAUACGUUGACGAUUUCCUACCCGCUGAGAGUCCCGUUCUUUAUGGACUUCAUUCAAACGCAGAAAUUGGAUUCUUGACGUCAACCGCGGAAAAUCUAUUCAGAACGUUAUUGGGAAUGCUGACGCAAGCCGUCACCGACGCGGGAGCAGGUGAAGAUUCCAAAGAGGAGAGAAUUAAAAUCAUCAUCGAAGAUUUAUUGGAUAAGCUCCCAGAGGAAUUUAACAUGAUGGAGCUUUACGCCAAAGUAGAAGAUCGUACACCGUUCGUUACGGUUGCUUUGCAAGAGUGCGAAAGAAUGAAUUUACUUUGUGAGGAACUCAGGAGAUCCUUGAUCGAAUUAGACUUGGGAUUAAAAGGCGAACUGACUAUUAAUCCCGAGAUGGAAGAUUUAGAAAAGUACAUUAUGAUGGACGCUGUGCCGCCAACUUGGACGCUGAGAGCUUAUCCUUCAAAUUUGGGACUAACUACUUGGUUUGCCGACAUGUUAAAUCGGAUAAGUGAACUGUCCAACUGGACCGCAGAUUUUAACCUACCGUCGUCGAUAUGGCUAGGUGGUUUUUUCAAUCCUCAAUCAUUGUUAACCGCGAUCAUGCAGCAAACUGCGCGGAGAAACGAAUGGCCGUUGGACAAAAUGUGUCUGUAUUGUGAAGUGAUGAGAAAAUUCAAGGAAGAAAUCACUGCAGCACCGAGGGAAGGUGCGUACAUAAAUGGACUGUACAUGGAAGGUGCGCGAUGGGACAUGCAAGCGGGAUGCAUCAUGGAUUCUCGUUUCAAAGAAUUGUUCCCAUUGAUGCCCGUCAUGUACAUCAGAGCGAUUACGCAGGACAAGCAAGACUUUAAAAAUAUAUACGAGUGCCCUGUAUACAAGACCCGAUCGCGAGGUCCCACCUACGUGUGGACGUUUAAUUUAAGGACUAAAGAGAAGGCUAGCAAGUGGAUCCUCGGUGGAGUCGCUAUUUUGUUACAGAUUUAAUUGUGCGAAUUUGACUAUUAAAUAAGUGUGAAAUAAAAAUAAAGAAUAAGUGCUGGAAUUUUGAAAAGAAAAGUAUUCUAGUUUUAUCGCUUUAAAUGCAUCUUG